ACAAAAGAGAAAGAAACCAAGUUACUGUAACAGCCGAACGACCCAUUUAUCUGAUAUGCUCAGUGGCGAGGAUUAAUAAAUACAUCAUUAAGUGAGCAUUACAUCAACCAUUUCUUGGUAUCACUGCUUUAAUAUUUGUCUGAUCUGAUAGUCUCGUCUCCUUCUUCCCAAUUGCCCUGAAAGGUCCCUCUACACCAAUGGCAGCCCCUUCAUCUUUUACGAUACCCUCCCACAACAAAGCUUGGGUCUACUCCGAAUAUGGAAGGGCUGUUGAUGUUUUGAAACUAGACCCCGAUGUUCCCGUCCCAGAAGUGAAGGACGACCAAGUGCUGGUCAAGGUUGCUGCUGCAUCCCUUAAUCCUGUCGAUUCUAAGAGGAUGCAGGGGUUUAUUAAGGCCACAGACUCCCCUUUACCCACCGUUCCGGGAUAUGACAUUGCUGGUGUGGUGGUGAAAGUGGGAAGCCAAGUAAAGAAUUUCAAGGAGGGAGAUGAAGUAUUUGGGGAUAUCAAUGAGGUAGCUUUAGAGCAACCAAAAAGAUUUGGCUCUUUGGCCGAAUACACUGCUGUGGAAGAGAGAGUAUUGUCUCUUAAACCCAAUAACCUAAGUUUUGUGGAGGCAGCUAGCCUUCCUCUGGCUAUUGAGACUGCCUAUGAAGGCCUUGAACGCACAGGAUUUUCUGCUGGUAAAUCCAUCCUUGUUUUGGGAGGUGCUGGUGGAGUUGGGACACAGGUUAUUCAGCUAGCAAAGCAUGUUUUUGGUGCAUCCAAGGUAGCAGCUACUGCAAGCACUGGGAAACUGGAACUGUUGAAGAGUUUGGGAGCUGAUUGGGCGAUUGAUUAUACCAAGGAGAACUUUGAAGACCUUCCUGAGAAAUUUGACGUAGUAUAUGAUGCAGUUGGGCAGGUUGAGAGGGCAGUCAAGGCAGUGAAAGAAGGUGGUCAGGUCGUGACAAUAGUAGGUCCAACAACUCCACCACCAGCAAUAAUAUUUGUACUCACUUCGAAGGGUUCAAUCUUGGAGAAGCUGAAACCUUACUUGGAGAGUGGGAAGGUGAAGCCGGUCAUAGACCCGAAAAGCCCAUUUCCAUUUUCUAAGACUGUGGAAGCAUUUUCCUAUCUGGACACUAACAGAGCUACUGGAAAGGUGGUCGUGUAUCCCUUCCCUUGAUAGAAAAUAUGUCAGUUUCUGCAAUAUAUGUAAAAUUAGCAUGUCCACGUCAAUGCAUUAGGACUAGUAAUAAGGGAGUGUGGCUGUCCAAUGCCAUACAUAGUUUGUGAUUCUCUAAUGCAUAUAUGUUUAUAGCUUGUGAUGCUCAGCUUUUGCAUCCCUAUUCUGUUUUUCUAGUUGCUUGUCCUGUGUUGGGUUUUGUUGGUAAUGAAUAAGGAGGAGGAAAAGAACAAUAAGAGUGUAAUUUUGCUGUGAAUCGCUCAUCUGAAGUUCUCAUAUGAUGUUUGGUAAA